AGGCAUCCAUCUGGUGUAUGUAUGUGUAUGUGUGUGUAUGUGUGUGAGUGUGUGAGAGUGUGAGUGGGUGCAUGUGUGUGUAUCUCCUCGGGAAGUGCCAUCCACGGAUUGUGUUGCAUUCAGUUCCUGUCAGAAAGUAAGCAAGCAGAGAGCCGAGAGGAGCAGCAGCAGUAGCAGCAGCAGCAGCAGAGGGCCCAUAGAGGAGUGGGCGCCUCCUCCACUAUCAGCCAUCAGAUCUGGAUGUGUGAAGGAGUCCAUGCCAUGCAGUAAAGUUGCCGCACCCUCAUACGCACGCAUCCUGCACGCACGCACGCAAGCAGAGCUAUAGCCAUGUCUUCCAGCUCAGCGAUGGUGCGGAUCCUGAUAAAGGGCGGCAAGGUGGUGAACGACGACUGCACCCAGGAGGCCGACGUCUACAUCGAGAACGGCAUCAUCCAGCAGGUGGGGAAGGAGCUGAUGAUCCCCGGCGGAGCCAAGGUGAUCGAUGCCUCGGGGAAACUGGUCCUCCCAGGCGGCAUCGACACCAGCGUCCACCUGGAGGAGAGCUUCAUGAACGCUACCACGGCGGAUGACUUCUACAGCGGCACCAAGGCUGCUCUCGCCGGAGGUACGACCAUGGUGAUCGGACACAUCCUGCCAGAGAAGAACGAGUCUUUGCUGGAAGCCUACGAGAGCUGCCGCAGCUCGGCCGACUCCAAAGCCUGCUGCGACUACGCUCUGCACGUGGGAGUUACUUGGUGGGGACCCAAGGUACGAGCUGAGAUGGAGAAGCUGGUGAGGGAGAAAGGGGUGAAUUCCUUCCAGAUGUUCAUGGCCUAUAAGGACAUGUUCAUGCUGAGGGACGGCGAGCUCUUCCAGGCCCUGCAGCACUGCAAGGACAUCGGGGCCAUAGCGAGAGUCCACGCUGAGAACGGGGAACUGGUGGCAGAGGGUGCAAAAGAAGCGCUGGACCUGGGCAUCAGUGGCCCAGAGGGGAUUGAAAUCAGCAGGCCUGAAGAGUUGGAAGCAGAAGCGACCCACAGGGCGAUUACCAUCGCCAACAGGGCCCACUGCCCGAUCUAUCUCGUUAACGUGUCCAGUAUGUCUGCAGGGGAUGAAGUUGCGACAGCUAAGAUGCAAGGUAAGGUGGUCCACGGGGAAACAACCACAGCCUACGCUGUGCUGAACGGCAUGCAGUACUAUCAUCAGGACUGGGCCUACGCUGCCGCCCACGUUACCGUGCCCCCCCUCCGCCUGGAUCCCAGUACUCCCAAUUACCUAAUGAGCCUGCUGGGAAAUGACACUCUGAACGUCGUGGCGUCCGACCACCGUCCGUUCACCAUCAAACAGAGAGCCAUGGGCAAGGACGACUUCACAAAGAUCCCCCACGGGCUUCCAGGAAUUCAGGAUCGCAUGAGCGUCAUCUGGGAGAAAGGAGUGAUCGGAGGGAAGAUGGAUGAGAAUCGCUUUGUGGCAGUCACAAGCUCAAACGCAGCCAAGAUCUACAACCUCUACCCCAGGAAAGGGAGGAUCAUCCCAGGAGCAGAUGCUGAUCUGGUGGUCUGGGACCCCGAGGGAUCCAAGACCAUUUCAGUGGAUAACCAGGUCCAGGGAGGAGAUGUGAACCUGUAUGAGGGUCUGCGUUGUCAUGGUGUGCCCCUGGUGACCAUCAGCCGUGGCCGUCUCGUCUAUGAAAACGGCAUAUUCACGUGUGCCGAGGGCUCUGGGAAGUUUUGCCCCUUGAGAACCUUCCCAGAUUACCUUUACAAGAAGAUGGUUCAGAGGGAAAAGAGCCAGGCUGUGAAAGCUGUUGAGCGGGAGCCCUACGCAGGUGACGUUGUUGCGGUGGCCAACUCAGGAAAGAGGGACUUCGGGGCUUCAGAUCUGGACACUCCGACGCGCCCCUGCACCCGACACGGGGGCGUGAGAGACCUCCAAGAAUCCAGCUUCAGCCUGUCCGGGGCCCAGAUCGAUGACAACAUCCCAAAGAGAUCCUCGGCCAGGAUCCUCGCUCCCCCUGGGGGGAGAUCCAGCGGGAUCUGGUAACCAAUCAGAUGAGCCGCGACACGAGGCAGAAGAAUGAUACCCGAGGGAAACGUAUGGCCAAGCAGGAUGACUUGUUUUUCUUUCUGGAAGCGUAGAAUGUGUGUUGGAGUAACGAAGUCAUGUUUUUGUUUUGAACUCAGUUACAUAGGACCGUAAAAAUGUUUAAACUGUACGACAUUGCCGUAAUAAUAUUGGAAUACAGAUUAAGGUAAAGAAUUUCAGUCAAACGUUAACCAAAUAUAAGCAGCGCAUAAAAACAAAACAAAAAAAACAACAAGUUGCAAUUACUGAUGGAUUACGUUAGGGGGAAAUAUCUUACUAAUAGUUUUAGGAAUAUGAAGGUGAGUCGUGGUUUUUAUGAUGCGAUUGUGUUACCUCACUGUAAAAUACGAUUUUGCACUUGUAUCAUGUACUAUUUAGAUGCCUUUUUACAUGAUUUCAUGUCACAAAUAUCACAAAUGUCUUUUUACUGCGAGCCAUGGUGAAAUGAAAUGUAAUAAAUUAUUACAAGUGUGUCGGCAUGACGUUAACAUGUCAGUUACGAAGAAAAAGAAAAAAGAAGAUGUAGUUGCAAUUGACCAGUGGAUGAAUAAUAUCAUAAUGGAAGCUAACCUUUUUUUUUAAAAUGUUUGUUUUUAUUUAUUUUUUUCUAUAUUUUGUUAUUUGUGGUUAGGGCGACGGUCUUUGUUUCUUAGCUCGUUAGCAUUUCAGGUCAUGUUUACAGCCUUAUAGCAGAAUAGACUUCUGUGUCCACCCCACCCCACCAAAUGUGAAUGAACCUAUGCCUGUGUGUACUCUGCAUGGUAGCAUAGUUAGAACUACUGUUGUGAGCACUGACGCUGCUUCUGUUACGCGGCAUUCCUCGUGAUCGUAUUCCAUUUUUUUCCACAGAGAGCAAAAAGUCUCACCCAAACUGCCUUUUUCUCACCCGAGAACACUGACACCCACGGAAACACAUCGGUGCAGGUCGUGUUGCUGUCGUUUCUUUUACAGCAAGCACGCUUUCUUUUUUACUGCUGAGUUUAUAAUGCUCCUCUGAUCGACACUCCCGAUGUAACACACCACUGUGAAGCAUAUAGAGAAAGGUAGAGGGAUCCUCUUUAGCGUUCACGAAGAUAGAUCUUCAGGGGAUCAGAUGCCUUUCAUACUGUGCAUCACCGGAAGCUCGGCAUCGUAACUGGAAGGCAUGCUUGUUCAGCAAACAUAACAAAGCACUGAUACUAUUACUACUACUGUAUUUGUUAUUGUUUGUCUUUAGUUGCAGAAUAUCUUUUGUGAAUAACUCUUGUUGUAGUUUUGUUAUAUUUUCUGUCAACACUGCAGUGUGAGCAGGGGUGCACACAAGGUUUUACUCACGCUCAAACCCGGUUAUGUUCAGGAGAUCAUCAUGUUACAGUUAAAGUCCUAAAUGUUUUUUUUUUUUUUUUUUUUUUUUUCUGGAUGGAUUUUCUGAUUUUUAGCAGCUCCAGUGAAUUUUCCUGUGUCCACCCCUCCUCCCUGCCCUCCCAAAUGUACACUGGUGCUGAACAAUGUGUCAUCACAUUGAAUUCCUUUUAUCUCUUAUUUUGUCUUGCAGCUCUUUAUCACAUGAUUUGAGUGCAAAUAAACCACAAUGAAAUCUC